AUGACUUCAGAAGAACAGAAACCCACACCUGAGAACGAAACCCUCUUCCAGGGCUUUGAGUGGAACGUUCCAGAUGACCACAAACACUGGAAACGCCUCGCCGAGCAAGUCCCCAAACUCAAGGCCAUCGGUAUCAGCAACAUCUGGUUGCCUCCUGGCUGCAAGGCCGCCAACCCCAAGGGUGUCGGCUACGACAUUUACGACCUCUACGAUCUUGGUGAAUUCGACCAAAAGGGUGGCAAAGGCACGAAAUGGGGCACCAAAGACGAGCUCCUUGAACUAGCCAAAGUGGCUAAGGAGAACGGUGUAGGUCUCUACUGGGAUGCUGUACUCAACCACAAAGCCGGAGCCGACAGGACAGAAAAAUGCCGCGUCGUAGAAGUCGACCAAAACGACCGAACCAAAGAAGUCGGAGAAGCAUACGAGAUAGAAGGAUGGCUAGGCUUCGACUUCCCCGGCCGCGGCGACCAGUACUCCGCGCAAAAGUACCACUGGGAGCACUUCUCCGGCACAGACUACAACCAAGCCAACGAAAAGAAGGCCAUCUACAAGAUCCUCGGCGACAACAAAGGCUGGUCCUCCUCUGUCGAUGACGAGCAAGGAAACGCAGACUACAUGAUGUUCGCCGACAUCGACUACUCGCACCCCGAAGUGCAAGAAGACGUCAAAAACUGGGGUGUGUGGAUAACCAAAGAGCUCGGCCUCAAAGGUUUCCGCCUCGACGCCGUCCAGCACUUUAGCUCCCGCUUCACAAACACAUGGAUCGACAACCUGCGCGAGCAAUGCGGCUCCGACAUCUUCGUCGUCGGCGAAUUCUGGUCCGGAGACGUGCAAAUCAUGAGUGACUGGCUCGACCAAAUGGCGCAUAAAUUCGCCCUUUAUGACUCCCCGCUCCUGAACAACUUCGGCACCUUAUCAACAACCGAGAACGCAGAUUUGCGAACGGUUUUUGAUAACACGCUUGUGAAAAUCCGCCCCACGGACGCCGUGACUGUGGUUACCAACCACGACACCCAGCCCGGCCAGGUCAUGGAAACGAAAAUCGAGGGCUUCUUCAAACCACUCGCGUAUGCGCUCAUCUUACUCAGAUGUGACGGCUACCCUUGCCCCUUCUACGGCGACCUCUACGGCCUCGCUGAACCACACGAGACACCAGCGUCCUGCGGCGGGAAACUCGCAGACUUGAUUCUCGCAAGGAAACUCUUCGCGUACGGCGAUCAGGAAGACUACUUCAACGAGGCAAACUGCAUCGGCUUUGUAAGGAGGGGUACGUGGGAUAAGAAGGCUGGUCUGGCUUGUGUGAUGAGUAAUGCGGGUCCGGGCGAGAUUAAGAUGGCCGUGGGGGAGAUGCAUGCGGGGCAGAAGUGGACGGAUUUGCUGGGGUGGGAGGAGGGCGAGGUUGAGAUUGAUGAGGAGGGGUACGGGGUGUUUAGGUGUUCGGGCACGAGUGUUAGUGUUUGGGUUAGGGGGGAUGCCGAGGGCAGGGAGCAGUUUCCUACAAACUUUGAUGCGGAUGUUUAUGGGAAGUAG